AAUUGUAAAACCAAACAUCCCUUUGCUUCACCUGUUGCUCCUGAGAAGCCGUAAACCCUCCCUUCUUUCAUGACGCCAUAGGUCUUGAUACCUUACAUUGUUAAUCAAAACCCCGCCCUGUUCUCUUUGUUUAGAGCGUACUGAAGCGAAGCGGAACCAAAUUAAGUUUUUUUUUUCCUUCAGAUUUUUUGAGUUUUGCACCACGAUUUCUUAGUUUCUCAAUUCACUUUUUCUUCUGAUGUGAGUUGCUCAAAAGUUGGCCCGCAUUCGACACCGAGUGCUAGAAAUUAUCCAGUCCUGUGCUUCUACAAGGAAAUACAAAGUAGCACAUAUGAAGUUGUCAAAGGAAGAUAUGUACCUGCAGCCGCUGUAAAACCCGAAAGCAAGCCGAAGGAUUCAUAUCACUUUUCUUUGCUUUGGACAUGGUUUUAUUUAUGAUUUCUCAUCUUAAAAAUUUAAGUAGUGUCCAGGCAUAUUUGUUUGCUGGAACAGAACUUUGGAUGUGCGGGAAUGAAUCUUAAGGUUGUUGGGUUGCAGAAAUGAGAGUUGAAAUUGAAACAACUGGUGGACUUUUUGUGGCAGAAAGUUUGUAUCUACACACGUCCAUAGUCCAUAUUGAUGAACCGAUGUAAUCUAAUGAAGAGACAUAUUUUGGGAAGUCGAUCCAAGGCCUUGCCGUUUCUGUACAACUACAACAAUGCUGCCGCUGCUGUUGGCAUUCAAAAACUCUUUUCAUUAUCAGCACGGUUUGGGACAUUGUCUGCAACUCAGGCUUCGUGCGCCAAAUUAAUUGGGGAUGAAGACUCUGAAACUUCAGAAGACGAAGACUGGUUUGCUUCUCGUAUCAUCCAAGACAAGGACCUUCUCCGCAGCAGCCUCCAUAUUUCAGGAACAGGGCUUCAUGUUCUUGACUUGGUAAAUUGUGGUUCUUUGGAAGCGGACCGGACUCUGUACAAUAAGCUGCUACACCGGUGCACCCAGACAGCCCAACUUAAACAAGCCAGAAUUGUGCAUUCACACAUCCUUACUUCUCAAUUUAAAGAUGACCUUCCCAUCCGCAACACCAUCCUUCACAUGUAUGUCAAAUGUGGCAGUUUGGACGAUGCUCACAACCUGUUCGAUCAAAUGCCUCACAAGGAUUUGGUCACUUGGACUGCCUUGAUUUCUGGCUAUUCUCAACACGAUCGACCUCAGGAUGCCCUUGUUUUGUUUCCUGAGAUGCUCCGCCAUGGGCUGGAACCCAACCAGUUCACCUUGUCUAGCUUGUUGAAAGCUUCUGGUGCUGUCUCUGAUGACAACCAUGGCAGGCAGCUUCACACUUAUUGCUUUAAGUACGGUCUUGAUUCCAAUGUCUAUGUGGGCACUGCUCUUGUGGACAUGUAUGCUAGGUGUGGCCAUAUGGAUGAAUCCCAGUUGGUCUUUGAUGCCUUGGACACCAAGAAUGAGGUGUCCUGGAAUGCUUUGAUUGCUGGGCAUGCUAGGAAGGCUCAAGGAGAGCAUGCACUCAAGUUGUUCUGGAAGAUGCUGAGGGAGGGCUUCAAACCUACACAUUUCACUUAUUCUAGCGUCUUGACUGCUUGUGCUAGUGCAGGGUCUCUAGAGCAAGGGAAGUGGGUUCACGCCCACAUGAUCAAAUCGGCUGUUACCCUCGUCGCUUUUGUGGGGAAUACUCUUCUCGAUAUGUAUGCCAAAUCAGGCAGCAUUGAGGAUGCAGAAAAGGUUUUUGAUAGGAUGGUUAGACGAGACGUCGUUUCUUGGAAUUCAAUGCUUACUGGAUAUGCCCAGCAUGGGCUUGGAAAGGAAACUGUGCAACGGUUUGAAGAAAUGUUGAGAAUUGGAAUCCAACCUAAUGAUAUAACCUUUCUUUGUGUUCUUACUGCCUGUAGCCAUGCCGGUCUCUUGGAUGAAGGACAAUAUUAUUUUGACUUGAUGAAACAGUACAACAUAGAACCACAGGUUUCACACUAUGUGACGAUUGUUGAUCUUCUUGGUCGUGGAAAUCUGCUUGAUCGAGCUGAGAAGUUCAUAAGAGAAAUGCCGAUUGAACCUACUGCAGCUGUUUGGGGAGCCUUAUUAGGUGCUUGCAGGAUGCACAAGAGCAUAGAGUUGGGUGCUUAUGCUGCGGAACGUAGUUUUGAGCUGGAUCCCCAUGAUUCAGGGCCCCAUGUCAUACUUUCUAAUAUCUAUGCCUCUGCUGGCAGAUGGAUUGACGCAGCAAACGUGAGGAAGAAGAUGAAAGAGGGUGGGGUGAAAAAGGAACCUGCUUGUAGUUGGGUGGACAUCGAGAAUGCGGUCCACAUGUUUGUAGCGAACGAUGAUGCUCAUCCGCAAAGAGUAGAGAUCCUUAGGAUGUGGGAGAUGAUUAGCAUGAAGAUAAAGGAGAUUGGAUACGUCCCAGACACUAGCCACGUACUUUUCUAUGUGGACCAGCAGGAGAGGGAAUUCAAGUUGCAGUACCAUAGUGAGAAGCUUGCUCUAGCAUUUGCACUUCUUAACACUCCUCCUGGCUCCACCAUACGGAUUAAGAAGAACAUCAGGGUUUGUGGUGAUUGUCAUUCAGCAAUCAAGUUCGUUUCGAAGGUAGAAGGGAGAGAAAUCAUUGUGAGGGACACCAAUCGGUUCCAUCAUUUCCGUGAUGGCUCUUGUUCUUGUGGGGACUACUGGUAGUGCUAAUUUCAUGGUCCUAGUUGCAUUGCAUACAAAAUUAACCCAUUACCUGGCUGUUCAUGUUCGAGUCCCCUGUGUUUUACGUGCUUGUGAUCUGUGAUGAAAAAAGCUUCCUCUUUAAAGUGAGAAGAGGAAAUUGAGACUUCUACACACACAAAUUGUAAAAUGGUUAAUGCCAAUGGUGCCUUCCAGAAGCAACUUCAAGUUCUAGGUAGCGAAAUGUUAUUUGCGCAGUUGUUACCUCAUGGGCUAUGCUAGGAAAAAUGUGUGCUGAAAUGCUGUGAAUUAUGAACACCAAAAAUAGACGACACAGAGACAAAAAGGUGAGAUGCAAGUUAUUUUUUUUUCUGGUGUAUUGAAGAUCAUGAAUACUACCUGACGACAUGUAAGGUUUCUGCAUACGGUGAACUCUGAAGGGCAACAACCGACGAAGGGCCCUGUAAAAGAUUCAAUUUAUAUCCUAUUUUACAACUAAGAUAUGCAGAAUUUCUAUAUUUCUUCUCUUGAAUACAAUUGAUGAAUUAGUUUCUUCUCAAAAUAAAUAAAUAAAUAAAUAAAAAUAAAAAUAUACAAUUGAUGAACUUUUUAUUUCUUGAAUUCAACUGUGGAUACCUUCACUCCUUUUCUAAUCCUACAGAGAGUCAGUUCAAUUUCUUUGUUAGAUGGAGAUCAGGAUCUGCUAUGAGUUAAUACCUAGUUUUGUUAGACAAUAAAAUAGAAUGAACUUGAUUGCUUUUGCAUUAUUUUUGCUUUUUCUGAACGAAAUUGUACGACAUGGCAAAACUAGUGGAGACAAAAAGAGGAAGAAACAGCAAGGUAGAAAAAGAUUGGAUGUGCUGAUUGCCUGUGGUAUUUGGAAAGUUGGAAACUGAAAAAAUAGAGAGGCAAGAAAGAAAGGAACAGAGCACAAAAGGAGGAACUAACCCAACCCAUCUGUUUCAUUUCAUUCUUGCAAAGGGGAAGAGAUGGGCGGGUAAAAAGGGUGAUGGAAGUCUGCGUGUGUUUACGUGUGCUUAGAGAUGGUUUAGCUGAAAAUUGCAUAGCUUGUGAGCAAAACUCUUUUGUAAUCACCAUUCUUCUUAAGCCAGCAGGUGUUACAUUCAUUUAACAACAACUCAGAUAUACAAACUGCCUCAACCUCAGCCUAAGCCCAAUAUACAGGGAGGGUUUCGUGUUAAAAAUCAUGGAGUGUGACAGCAAACAGAGAGUAAGAGAAGGAGAUGAAGACAACAACAAUUCUUCUUCUUCUUAUUCUUCAUUAGAGAAGCAUGCAAAGAAAAAUUAAGUCGAUCCUAACUGCGGUAUGUUGGACUUAAAAAACGACCUUGAAUACAGCAGCAACAGCAACAGCGACAGCAGCAGCACUAGUAGUACUAGUAGCAGUUAUACAAUAUCGGAUUCAGAAACCCACUUGGCAUUAGGAGUAUUUGAUUUUCCGUGGCUGAAAGAUGGUGUAAUCUCCAAACCGGAGGACUUGAAUUUUGAAGACGUGUUCUCAUCACCAUUGGCAGCACUGGAUGUCGACACACUCCCCUUUACCACCAGUUGGGUAGCACUACUACUACUCCUGGACAUGUUACUGAUGAUCAAUUUUCUUUCUCCGGGCAGUGUAUCUAUCAUCAUCACCAGACCGAUCAUCCUGAUGCACUACUCCUAGACUUUCCAAAGGACAAGCUUGAGGAAGAUCUGGAGCGACUGCGAGAUCUUAAUCAAGGUGGUGGCCUGGAGACCGAGGCCGGUGUGGUGGCCUCUAGUAAAAAAAUUAUGAACUGUCUGUCUAUUUGCUAUAAUUAAGGGACUAAACAACCUUGUUUUCAAUAGAUUUUUUUGUAGAAAUGAUCUUUGCUAAGUGGAUGUAUAAUAUAAACAGUUCCGAUCAUAA